UGAAGGUGUGUCUCCCCUCAGUGACGUGGAGCUUCCGGGUUACCUGGCAGGUAAACAGAGCAGGUAAACAGCAGAAGAACAGGUUCACUUGAAAGAGUUCCCGCAGAAUGAGGACAGAUUCCGUGAUGGGGGAUGCAGCACAGCUGGUCAGCUCCAUCCAGCUGCAGGACAUGGAGCUUCAGGAGAAACCUGCACACAAGCGGCAGGGCAAAGGAAACAACAACAACAACAACAAUGACGAGACGUUCACUGUCGAGGACGCGGUGGAGUUUAUCGGCUUCGGCCGUUUCCACAUCCUGCUGUUCCUCAUCAUGGGGAGCACCAACAUAAUCGAGGCGAUGGAGAUCAUGCUGCUCGCUGUAGUUUCUCCAGAGAUUCGCUGUGAGUGGCGUCUUCAGGACUGGCAGGUCGCCCUCGUCUCCACCAUGGUGUUCCUGGGCUUCAUGGUGUGCGGCAUUCUGAGUGGUUACCUGGCCGACAGGUACGGCCGCUGGAAGGUUGUGUUCGGGGGCUUCGUGUGGAGUGCGUACUUCUCGCUGCUCACCUCCUUCGCCCCGUCGUACGGCUGGUUCAUCUUCCUGCGCAGCAUGGUGGGCUGUGGGGUGGCUGGAGUGUCCCAGGGCUUCGUGUUGAAGACGGAGUUCAUCCCGGCUAAAUACCGAGCCAUCCUGCUGCCUCUGGCCACCGUGUUCUGGAUGAUAGGGUCCAUGCUCAUCAUCGUGUUGGGGAUGCUCGUGGUUCCCUCGUUCGGCUGGAGGUGGAUGAUCCGUCUCUCUGUGACCCCGAGCAUCAUCCUGCUCUUCCUCUUCAAGUUCAUCCCGGAGUCUGCUCGUUAUAACGUGUCAGCAGGAAACGUUCAGGCGGCGUUGGAGACGCUGCAGAAAAUCGCCAAAAUGAACCGCUCGUCUCUCCCUCCGGGCCGCCUGGUGGAGCCCAGCGUGAAAGAGCGAGGCAGCUGGAGGAUUCUGCUAAGCCCCGCCUUCAGGAGGACGACCCUGCUGCUGUGGUACUCAUGGUUCGUGGCGUCCUUUGCAUACUACGGCUCAGUGCUGAGCAGCUCGGAGCUGCUGGAGAAGAACCUGCUGUGUGUGACGGACCCGGACCCUGAACACCUCGUCAAACACAAGCACCCCGACGGACUCUGUUUCUGCAUCCCAUUCAAGAACAACGACUACCAGACGCUGCUCAUCAGCUGCCUGGGGGAGGUCGCCCUUGUCCCUGUAAACAUCUGUCUGCUGAACAUUUUUGGACGGAAGUUGAGUAUGACCAUGCUGCAGCUGGUGGCGGCCAUGUUGUUCAUGUUGCUCAACAUCUGCUCCUCCAUGUUUGGCUUCACGGUUCUGCUGUUCCUGCUGCGCGCGCUGGUCUCCAUGAACUUUAGCGUGGUUUAUAUUUACACGGCUGAGGUUUAUCCCACGGUGGCCCGCUCUCUGGGGAUGGGCUUCUGCACAAGCUUCAGCCGCAUCGGAGGGAUGAUCGCCCCCUUCAUCGCUCAGGUGCUGAUGUCCCAGUCGGUGGUUCUGGCUCUCAGCCCGUUUGCAGUGACCUGUGUGAUCUGCGCUCUGGGGAACUUCCUGCUGCCGAUCGAGACUCGAGGACGAGCUCUGCUGCAGAACUCCUGACGACGUCCGCCGACGAACAAACCGUUUGUUAUUUUGUAUUAAAUCUGAGGCUCGUGAAUAAACGCUGCUAUUGAAAGAG